CUUUGUCUGUAUAAGCCGAUGCAUAGGUGAAAGCGGAAUGCGGAGAGCUGCGGUUUUCGGAAACGACUCCGCGGGCUUAGUUGUCGUCGAAUUUUCGAACUUGGAGCAGUCGCGCGAUGUGUUUGUAAGCAGAGUUGUGAGCGAGGAUAAGUUGGAGGAGUUUUAGUUUCGGAGCUGAGGGCACGUGGCUCGGGAAGUUGUCGGAGCUGUUUGUGCCGCGAGUGAGAGAGGCGAAUCCGAGUGUCCAAUCCAGUCUAGACUCGGUCAUCCUGCUCACUCCCAGCGAGCGCACACGAGCCAUCCCCGGCCGGCGCCAUCCACCUGCUGUCGUAUACCGAUCCCCAUCGUCGUUGCGUCGGACAGUCGCCGCACACGCCGCUUUCCAGGGAGGGGGGAGACACAGACAUCUCGACGCCGGCUUACCUACAGGUAAAUCCCAGAGUUUGGCUCGUUUGCGGAUUCGGGCCCAAAGGCGGUCCCUUUGCCGGUUAUCAGCCGAUCGGCCGAUCCCUAUUGGCCGACUGGCCCUACAAAUUUGCUGCGCUUGCACUGCGAAAUGUCAGUUGAGGAGCAAACGAGCAGUCUAGCACAGCCACUCGUGGUAACCACAAGUUCGUCACGUGCCAACGAAAACAGCAGUAGUGCGUCAACUGAACUCGAUCCAGCGCCUGGGCAAAGCAGCAGUUGUGAGACGGAUUCCCAAGAAGAGAAGAAGAUGACUCUUGGAAAGCUAAGCCAACACGCGGUUGCCGUUCACCAGGAGCAGAUUAGGAAGGCCGCCUUCGAGGACAACGUCUACCCGAUGUCGCCGUCGAGCGUAGACUCGGCCAACUCGGUGUCGAGCUGGCCCGGGUAUAACGAUCUUGGAACUGCUACGCUAAUGCUGCAGCAGCAGAGACAACAACAGCAGCAGCAGCAGCAGCAGCUGAUGCAACAGCAACAUCAGCAGCAGUACUGGAAAGUCGAGGAGGAAAUUAAAAGGAUGACUUACGAGCAUCAGCAGCAGCAGGCUCCCGUUACUAUACCGCAAAGGACUUACGUGAGGGAUUCCGACGAGGAACCACCGCUGAAGAAGCAACGCGUUAUUGCUGUACGCACCGAUACUUCGCCUCUGCCCACUGCUCAAGUGAGCCAGAGGAAAAGCAGCGGCAAGCGAUCCCGCACCGCCUACUCGUCGGUGCAAUUGGUCGAGCUGGAAAAGCAGUUCAACCACAACCGUUACCUCUGCCGUCCCCAGCGCAUACAGAUGGCCGAGAACCUCAAGCUCUCCGAGCGCCAGAUCAAGAUCUGGUUCCAGAACCGUCGCAUGAAGUUCAAGAAGGAGCAAAGUGGACGUGGAAACGGUGCAUCUAACAACAAUAAUAACAACAGCAAUAGCAAUAAUAAUAUCAACAACAACAACAACAGCAACAACAACAACAAUAAUAAUACCGCAUCUAGAACGCCUGAACACCUUAACUCGCCUCUGGAAGGAGCCGAUGCUUGCGAUCUUCUUCAGGCCAGCAACGCUUCGCCAACGCAGCAGCUUGCACAGCAGCAGCAGCAACAGCAGCCUAUUAUGAACUGGACGAUGCAGCCGAGAGUUGCAUCUGUUCCUGAGUAUCCUCUGAGCCACCAGGCCAACAGCGAAGCAGUGUCGAGAUCUUAUGGAAGCUACUUCUUGCCUCAGAGUAGCUCUAUGCCGAGCCAGGUCCAAUUGCAAGAAACGAGAACCAACUACCCAGAAGCCGAUGAUACUUUCUUUCCAUGCGCCCAGCAAACGAGCUACGCCCCACACACGAUCAAACAAGAGGAUGAGCUCUUUUCGCAACAGCAGCAACAGUACUGGCAGCCCCAGCAGUGCCAGCCCUGUCCCCAGUACUCGGUGCAGAACUGCAACAACCAGUACAGCCUCGUCGAGCAGACGUCCUCGCAGCCGACCUACUCUAUCCAGUCUUCCACGAAUACUCAGCAGGAUUCGUUUGGAUUGAACUCCGUCCUUCCGGAACUCCUGCCUUGGCUCAACCCGGGACCCUACAGUUCUUCGAUCGAAACGGCUUCCACAAUGUAUCGCAACGUGUUCAACGACGAACCGCGCGUUAUCGUCGGGGACCUUCCGGAAAGUCAGAUUGAUCUGACGAAUUUGUAAAAUUUAUACGUUCGCGAAUAUGACGUAGAUCAGAAGUGUUUGGUGAAUUGUAUACAUUGUACAGAAUUUUUACAUACAUUCGUUUUUCUUUUGUAUUUUAAGAAUAUUAUUUAGAGUUUAUAAAUACCAAUGUUUGUGUUUGAUCGUGUUGAGUCGGCGCUAUGCCUUUGUGAUGUUCAGCUGAAAUUUUAUAUAUAUAUA